CAGACACUCAUAACGUCUCAACAGUCUGUGGUCUCAACACAUUGUGAAGUUCUCCUGGAUGUUAAUCCUUCCCAAUUGUCAUCUGAUGUGAAGUGCGUCUAGCGCAAGUUGUCUUCUCCGGUUCCAGACUGCACCUGCUCUUCAGUGAUGGAGAAGAAGGCGGUGUCGCCGCAUGAGGCUGCAGAGGCAGACUGUGCAGCCGGAGCAGCGCCGUCGCUUCAGUGCUGCACAGGUGCUUGUUGUCAUGGAGGAGCGAAGAUGGCGGUCCUGGCCUAUAGCCUGGGCAAACGCGAAAUAAAUCAACAUUUCACCAUUAAAAAUGCCAAACUAAUAUCGCUGGUGCUUGUUGCUCUACUCGUCGUGUUUCACACAGUUUCGCGGUAUCAUGGAGGCGGAGACUCAUGUGAAUGGCUGCUGUCAAGAGGACGCUACUUGGGGGAGAAUGUAUGGCAGCCGUAUGGCUGCAUGAUGCACAAAUACAAAAGCACUGAAGCCAAAACCUGCCUCGCUGAAAAGCGGGUGGCCUUUCUUGGUGAUUCAAGAAUAAGGCAGCUAUUUUACUCCUUCAUCAAAAUUGUUGAUCCAGAGCAAAGAGCAGGUGGAAUCAAGCACGAGGACAUUCCUUUUGAAGAUGAGACUUCCUCUGUUAAUGUGGACUUCCUGUGGUAUCCAGAGGCAAAUAAUUCCAUGAAAGAGCGCUUGAUGGCAUGGACGCACGAUGCGUCAGUAAAGCCAGAUGUUGUCGUCAUUGGAGCUGCCACAUGGUCCAUCAAGUAUCACAGUGGCAGCAGCGAGGGCUUGCAGCAGUACAAAGUGAACCUGACGGGCAUCGCUAUGCACCUGGAGAAACUGGCUGAGCAUGUAGAGGUCUACUGGGUUGUGCAAGACCCUGUGAAUGAGGAGGUGUUGAGUGACAGCAGGAAAAUGAUCACCAACCAGCAGCUGGAUCUAUACAAUGAAGCAGCAGAAGACAUUCUCAACGGCAGCAAGCGAAACGGCAGGUCCCGAGUCAAGCUGUUUGCUGCGUCCCGCCAGGCUGCCCUCGAGACCAUCGACCAAUCAGAAGAUGGCUUGCACCUACCAGAGGGCACCAUGAAUGUGGGAGCGAUGGUCCUCAUGAACUCUGUGUGCAACAAAAUGCUCAAGCCCAUUGAUGGCUCCUGCUGCCAGACGCUUUCACCCCCAAACCUCCUUCAGAAGCUGUCAGCAUGUUUCUUCCUGGGCUCUGCCGUGGUCUUCGUGGUCCUCCACUUCCUCGGCUCCAACCGACACCGCAGAGCGGUGCCCCAUGAUGUGGAGAGCCUAGAAGAGAAGAAGCCUGCGUCUGCAGCUGCCCCCCCGGGUCCAAAGGCACCUUUCCAGGCCCUCUGCAGGAUGGGCAUCAUCAUGGCCUAUUUUUACCUCUGUGACAGAGCCGAUGUGUUUAUGAAAGAACAGAAGUACUACACACACUCUGCGUUCUUCAUCCCUCUCAUCUAUAUAUUUGUCCUGGGCAUGUUCUACAAUGAGAACAGUAAAGAGACCAAAUUACUCAACCGAGAGCAAACCGAUGAGUGGAAAGGCUGGAUGCAGUUGGUCAUCCUCAUAUAUCAUAUAUCUGGAGCCAGUGCUUUUAUACCAGUUUACAUGCACGUGCGUGUGCUGGUGGCUGCAUACCUCUUUCAGACUGGCUAUGGACACUUUUCAUUUUUCUGGCUCAAAGGAGACUUUGGACUCUAUAGAGUCUGCCAGGUCAUUUUCCGUCUAAACUUCCUGGUCGUGGUGCUGUGUCUUGUCAUGGACAAACCUUACCAGUCCUAUUACUUUGUUCCACUGGUCACCUUCUGGUUUGUCGUCAUCUACGCAUCGCUCGCCAUGUGGCCUCAGAUCCUUCAGAAGAAAGCCAACAAUAGUGGCAUGUGGCACCUCGGGGUCUUGGCAAAGUUGCUGUGCCUCCUGCUGUUCAUCUGCUUCUUUGCGUUUUCACAGGGCUUCUUUGAGCGUAUUUUCUCUGUGUGGCCCAUCUCCUAUCUGUUUGAGCUGAACGGGAGCAUCCACGAGUGGUGGUUCAGGUGGAAGCUGGACAGAUUUGCGGUGAUCCAUGGCAUGUUAUUCGCCUUCAUCUAUCUGGUGCUGCAGAAGUGCCAGGCUAGCGAGGGCAAAGGCGAGGCGCUCUUCUCUGCCAAGAUUUCCAACCUGCUUCUCUUCCUGUCUGUCGUCUUCUUCAUAACUUACUCAAUAUGGGCGAGCGGCUGCAAAACCAAAACGGAAUGCAAUGAGAUGCAUCCGUACAUCUCUGUGGUCCAGAUUUUGGCCUUUAUUCUCAUCAGGAAUAUUCCCGGCUACGCCCGCUCUGUUUACAGCUCAUUCUUUGCAUGGUUUGGAAAGAUCUCCCUUGAGCUGUUCAUAUGCCAGUACCACAUCUGGCUGGCUGCAGACACCAAGGGAGUUUUAGUCCUGAUCCCCGGUAAUCCUUCACUCAACAUCAUGGUCAGCACCUUCAUCUUUGUGUGUGUGGCUCAUGAGAUCUCCACCAUAACCAACGACCUGGCCCAGGUGGUCAUCCCCAAAGACAACGUGGCUCUGCUGAAGAGGCUGGGAGCCAUGGGGCUCUGCACUCUGGUAGUACUGCUAAUAACUAGAGGCAGCCAGCCCAAACUUUGAGUCUGAUGGACACAUCUGGUUGGGUGGGGUGGGUUGGGUUGAGGGGUGGGGUAGGGUAGGGGGGCACAGAAGAGUUCCAAGCCCCUGCUGAGUUCCAGACCAGAUUCAAACCAGGAGCAGACUCUCUGUUUGAUGAGCUGGUGGCUACAGGAGACAUCCUCAGUUAUGUUGUGGAAGGACAAUGUCUCUCUGGUGGCCUGUGUUGAGUCUUUACCGUUUGACUGCUGUGAAAGUCGCACACUGAAGAAAAAAACAAAUGCUAGAAUAAAGGGGAGGCAUAUACCAAGAGAGGAAAAAAAAUGCUUACAUCCUGUGGAUUCAACAAAAAGCAAAGAAAUAAUUUGAAGAUUUUGGGUUCUGAACUUAAAGAGAUCCUCUCAUUUUAAAACCACAUGCUUACUGUGUGAAUAUCUGCCUCUAUAUAGCCAAACACACUUACAAAGUUUAUAUUGUCUCAUACAGUACUGUCUGUUAUUUUCCCACUCUGGGAGGGAUCACUAGGCACACUCUCCGUCCGCAAGGCAGUAGCUGCUGAAGGCACUUUCACUCAGGUGGAUCCAUAAACUACAUAUUCAGAUAUCUACGGGAACUAUACUGUUGUGCUGCAUUUAAUUUUAAAACUCAUUUUGUACAGCAUUUCUGGUGACUUUUAAAGUGUUAGAUAUCUAAAUAUGCAAAACAUGGACCAACAACUGGGCUUGGGUGAUCAGAAAAAAAAAACAACAAGAAAGUAAGUUGGGGUGCAAUUGUUAAAUUGUUGGAUUCUCCCACAUUUUUGCUAAUGUUUCUGUGAGUACUUUUCGAAAUGUUUGCCUUUCGCUGAACGGUAUGGGGGUCACCUGCUGUAGCUUUGAAAUUCUUUGGAUAUGUACAGUAUUUAAUGAUUUAAAUUAAGCUUAUAUUUUAUACAGUUAUUUUUUUCCGGCUUUGUUUUGUACGAUUGGGCUUAUGGCUACUGUCUGUGAAGGAAGCAUUGCAUUGUUUUGUACCCAUCCCAGCAUCUCAUAGAUGAUGACCUGCCUCAGAGACGCAUUGCAGAGAUUGAGCCUUUACAGUUCGACUCCUGUCUGUCCUGUUAGCCCACUGCAUAGUAUAUGUAUAUUUGUAUGACAGAGUGCAAGACUUUAUUUUAUACAGCAAAGCUUCUGCAACGUUUAAAACUUCUAACUUCCCUUUGCUAUUUAAAAAAAACAAAAAAAAACAUGCCUCACAGGUGGUGGGAAAUGCACAUGAAAUUCUACAAUAGAACUAACAAAUACAUUUAUUACAGAGCCAGUGGAGCUUUCAUUCUGCGGGUGAACAAGUCAUUCUUUUACUGCUUUUCUGUGGCUUUUGCACAUAGUACAUGUUCAGAUGUACGGUGUCAUGCCUGUGAUUUAAGCCGGGAUCACAACCUUCUGUCCGUUAGCCACCUUGCAUCAGAGCCACAUCGACAUUUAAAGAAAUGCACUGACACACUUGAGAAAACAUUACUGUGGCUUCAAGCAAAAUGUACAUUUUGUCAGUUGGCAGAUGGGUGAUGUUUAUUCUACCCAGAUAUAUUUACGGACAUUUAAGAGAGAUAAGCACCUUGACUGAAAGACCUGCAUUUUUUUCAUCUUUGUGGUGGGAUACAAUGUUUAACAUGAUAUUGUUGCAGACCAUUUCUGGACUGUGGAACAUUUUUUAUUGAUAUCAAAACUGAUUUUGUCAAGGUCAUUUGGCAGUUAAGAGAAACAGUCAAAGUAACAAGAUGUUUUGCAUAUGAAUUUAAGUAGCAUAUUGCAUCUACUAUGGGGUUGUAAAAGAUUGAUAUGUCAAUAGAUUUGGUUUUAUUUUUUUUAAAUGGGUUUUCUUUAAACAAAACAAAAAAACUUUUGAAGUAGAAAAAUUGUCUUUAGCUUUUCCUGUCAUUUAUCUGACUUUGUGUGGAGAUGUUUUCAAACUGAGUAAAAGCUAAGUCAAUUUGUGAAUUCUGUAACCUGACAUCACCUCAUCGUGUAAAUGAGAAAGAUAUCACCAUUGAUAUUCAGUUUACUGAUAUUCUGUUAGUGCUCAAACAGCUAUACAUUUGCUAACUGUUUCAGGCCUUAACACGUCUUUCUGGUCAUGUAAAAGCAACAACUAUUUAUACCCCUGUGCAGGGCCUAUUUGAAAUAUUUUACAUGUAAAUCUUUAUGUGAUGUCUUAAAAAUGUGAAAUGUAUCCAUGUUAUUUAUAAAUGCCUUUUAUUCUGUUGUACAUUGUUAAUAAUACCUUCAUAAAACAGGCUUCUUUUGCA